GCUAAGCAAUAAGGUUGGUGGAGGGUUUAACUGCUUCCAUACUGGUGGGACCGACAUUAACAAAUGUCCUAAACCCCACUUCCCAACUUUAAUAAAAUAAUAAUAUUGUUUAUUUUUCUUAUUAUUUUUAGCAGAAAAAAAAAGCUGUAAUUUCGAUUGUAUUGGUGAUUCUGCUGAGCGUCGUGUAUCCGUUAUACCCAAGAAGAAAAGCCCAUGUUUAUUUAGCGUGUUGGCGGUCUCAAACGGAGUGGUUUUUGUCUCUUCCAUCUUUUUAACGUGAUCAAGAUCUAGAGAUUUCUUGGAGCUUUAAAGGAAUUGAGUUUUUUCAUUGAGAUCUGCAGCAUCUUUUCGGGGUUGGUGCGUUUUCACUUUUCUGAUUCUGGGUUCUUCUUAGAAUUUUCCUUGGAGAACAAAUUUUUUGGUUUGAUUUUCAUUGAGCUUCUUGUUAGUUGCUCCUUGGAGUGCUUGAGAGGGAGCUGGAUGCGAUUUGCUUGCAUAUGUAAAUAUGGAAAAGAAAAGGGUAAUCUCUCAAUACAGAGAGAGGCUGGACAAGACGCUGUCGUCUGCUGAACUGACUGAUUCAGAUAUGCUUAAAACCCUUGUCAAGAAUCAGAUUUUACGAAAUGCGCAAGAUGAGAAAGAAGAAUUUAGUGAAGAUUUACUGGACAAAAGGACUCAGGAAGUAUCAAAUUUUCUUGACAUGUUAAGAAGUACUUCUAUUGAUGAUCAUCAGGUGUCAAAGUCCAGUGAAGCAUCACAUGGUGAAUGGAAAUUGAAGCAUGAUAAUGAAGAGUUCCGUGUUAUGUACCAUGAAGGACCUCAUGGCACUCCGUUUCAUACAUUACUUGUUGAAGGCUAUGUAGAUGGGCCUGUAGAUGUUUGUUUAUGUAUCUCUUGGGAGUCAGCCCUCUACAAGAAAUGGUGGCCUCAGUCUAGCUUUCCAUCUUUUAAAGUAACUAGUUCCACAUGUUUGCAAAAGGUCCGAAUUGGCGAACAGAUAUCUCUUGUGAGGGUGAAGGUUGCAUGGCCACUGUCAGCUAGGGAGGCUGUAGUACACUAUUUUUUCUUUGAGUACUUUCAAGAUGAUCUGAUUGUCAUUCUUGUGAACACGAUCCCAGAUGUGAGCAGCAUCGAUAAAGCAACUCAUGGAUUUACUAAUGAUGGGAUUCCUGAAGCAAAGGAUGUUGUAAGGAUUGAUUUAGUCGGAGGCUUUGCUUUGCAGAAGGUGAACAAUGAAAGAAGCUACUUUAGGACAAUAGCAAAUAUGGAUAUGAAGCUGGAUUUUGUCCCUCCAUCCCUUAUAAACUUUAUCUCAAGGCAGCUUAUUGGAAAUGGUUUCAGACUCUAUCAAAAGACUGUGGCAUCUGUGUCUAACUGUGAUGAAGAUUACAGCAAGGCCUUGGGGGACCCUUUGUUUGCUCUAAUACGUGAAGUUCUUUACUCCAGUAACAAAUCAGAUGAAGUUCUUAAAGUACAAGAGCUCCAAAGUGAAGCCCACCUAUUGCCUAAUGAGAAUUUCAUUGAAGGCGCACAAGAUAACAUGCAUGAUGCAGAACAGAAGGUUCAUGCUAAUGACCAUGCUGGUGAAUCUCCACUGAAGAAAGCGCAAGACACAAAGAGAAAAACUUUUGGUGAAAUUGAGGAAGAAGAGAGUGAAGAGAUUACAUGCCAGGAGGAAGGCACCAAGACUGCAAAUCAACUUUCAACCAAUAAAUUUGCUGAUACAAAUUGCGUAAAUGCUAAAAAGUGGAUUUCUAUUCGUCCGGAGGUGGAUGAAGCUUUAGGAAUGCUGGAGAAAGCCAUUUCCAUAGUACGGCAAUAUGGAUUUAAUGCCCAAAGCAGAUCUUCUAGUUUCUCUGAUGAAGAAACUGCAAAUUUGGAAGAGGGUGCUGUGAAAGACUUAGCUUAUGCUGCAUAUGACAAUGUUUGUUUAAAAGAUGAGGUUGCUGUUGAAGCCGCUUCCAGAAAGCUUGUGGAGAAUCUGGAGAUGACUUCGGACGACUCCAGGAAUAACAGUGACAUUAACGUCACAAGGUCUGCAGGAUCAAAUUCAUUUGCGAGGGAAGUUAACCAUAAUAAAGUAGUUCCGGCGUCACCUCAGCAAAAUGUAUCAAUACCAGUGGAGACUAACCAGGUUGCUUUGAAUUCCUAUGGAAAUGGAACCAUCGAGGCAAAUGGGUUCCAUGAAAAUGGUCCAAAUGAAGUUAAACAGUCGAGUAACUGGAGAAAGCAUAGAUUCUGUUGCUUUGGCUUCUAUUCAGGCCAGCCAAUGCCUCAACUCCGGAAGAAUGACUAGAUAUGACUGAUGGAAGUCAAGUCCUUAACUUCUAUCAGCAAAAUAGACUUGAGCCCUCUUUUUCUGUAACUUUAAUUCAUUAUGUACACCAUAAUUUUUAUUUUCUCUUAACAACAAUUUACCCAUAACUUCUUUCUUUUUCUUUGGCAGAGAUGUAUAACAAGUCCAUAAUGCAUUGCCUGUUAUUUAGAGAAAAAUAAAUAUAAUUUUGAUUCAA